UCGCAUUCUCUCGUGCGAUCUCAUCUUCGGUACGAGCGUGACAUGAAUCAAGUUAGCUUUGGGAAACUCCUGAAGAUCGAUGACGUAGCUUAAUCCUAGCCGAUUAGCGUCAGUCUUAUCGAUUACAUUACAAAGAGCGGUACAUACUCCUGGUAUUCUUGAAUAUUUGGCGAUAAACGAUUAAAUGGAUAAUAUAUUUUCUUUGAACAAUAUUUAUUUAAGAUGUUAUUUUCUUCUUACUUUCUUUGCUACGACGUAUGCAGCUCCAGGAGUUUCAGGAUCGUUUGCCGGUAGUAGUUCCGCUGCAUUCAGUAGUGCUUCAGCUAGUGCACAUGCAGGUUCUGUUGCAAGUGCAAUCAGUUCUGCAAAUGCUUUCACUGGUGGUGCUUUUCCUUCGAAAAACCCUGAUAAUACAUAUGGAUUAACUCACCAGCAAGGCAUUUCUGCUGGGUCUGGAAGCUAUAUAGGACUUGGAAAUAUUAAUCCAGAUUCUAAUAAGUUUGGAUUAUCUCAUCAAGUCUCUGGUACUAAAGGAAGUUACAAUAAUAAGUCUCAAACACCAUGUUCCGGAUGUCCAAAUAAUAAAGAAAAAUGGGAACUAGAUAACUAUGAUGACCAAUCUGAAGAAAAGGAAGAAGAAUGGCAAGAAGGGGAACAAGAUGAUUGUGACGAUGGCCAAUACAGACUUGAACAUCAUUAUCACCAUCAUAAAAGUGGAGUAAAUAAGAAACAAGAAGAACAAACCAUGUCAAGCAUACAUAAAAUAGAAAAUACCAAUCAAUAUAAUUACAAUCAAGGUAAUAAUAAAGAUGGAUAUACAACCAGUGGUACCAAAGAACAGGGAAAUCUCAAUGAUAGAACAUACAAUAAUUAUGGUAAUCUUGGAUAUGUUGGAGCAAAUAAUCAAAAUUUAAAUAAUAAUUAUGAUGCUUAUCAACAUAAUACCGGUGCUUUAAAAGAUUCUUUGCAUCCUUCUUCAAGUUGGAUUGAUAUAAAUAAAAAGAAAGAAAAUGAAAAUAAAAAUUUAGGCAUUCCUGGAGUUCUAACAUCUACUUCAACUAUAGAUAAUAAAUAUGGAAAUACAAAUAAAGAUACAGUUGGUGGUAUAACAUCUAGCCAACCAAACUUAGGUUGGACAAGUGAUACUUAUACAGGUUGUUCUAAUACUGGAUCUGGAUCUGGAACAAAAUGUGCAGAAAGUACAGGUGCCUCUAAUUCUAAUCAAGCACCUGUUAAAAUAAGUCAAUCAGAUCUUAAGAAAACUACUAAUCAUUCGAUGUCAGAAGGAAACAGAGCUACUACAGCAUGUAACAAUUUACAUGGAAACUGUGGUAAUAGUAUAAUAGGUGAAAAGACACAAUAUCAAUCUACAUCUGUAGAUAGUACAAAUUAUAUGCAGAAUGGAUACACUGAUAGUGCACGAAAAGAAAAUAAACCAAAUUCAUAUGAUCAACAAAAUACAGGACAAUGGAAAGAUCACGCUAAUAAAGAUAAUUCACCGAGUGGAGUUGUUGGUAAUGUUGGUGUAGGAUCAGGUUGUACACCUGGAGUCUCUUCUCCCGCUUGUUUAAGUGAACCAUCUACUUUGCAAAAAAACACACCUAUUCCUACUCAAAUAUAUGGAACUGUUGGUAAUGGACCUGGUAAUGUACAUGUAGGAAACAAACCACAUUCAUAUGAUCAACAAAAUACAGGACAAUGGAAAGAUCACGCUGAUAAAGAUAAUUCACCGAGUGGAGUUGUUGGUGAUGUGGGUGUAGGAUCAGGUUGUACAGCUGGAGUCUCUUCUCCCGCUUGUUCAAGUAAACCAUCAACUUUGCAAAAAAACACACCUAUUCCUACUCAAAUAUAUGGAACUGUUGGUAGUGGACCUGGUAAUGUACAUGUAGGAAACAAACCACAUUCAUAUGAUCAACAAAAUACAGGACAAUGGAAAGAUCACGCUAAUAAAGAUAAUUCACCGAGUGGAGUUGUUGGUAAUGUUGGUGUAGGAUCAGGUUGUACAGCUGGAGUCUCUUCUCCCGCUUGUUCAAGUAAACCAUCAACUUUGCAAAAAAACACACCUAUUCCUACUCAAAUAUAUGGAACUGUUGGUAGUGGACCUGGUAAUGUACAUGUAGGAAACAAACCACAUUCAUAUGAUCAACAAAAUACAGGACAAUGGAAAGAUCACGCUGAUAAAGAUAAUUCACCGAGUGGAGUUGUUGGUGAUGUGGGUGUAGGAUCAGGUUGUACAGCUGGAGUCUCUUCUCCCGCUUGUUCAAGUAAACCAUCAACUUUGCAAAAAAACACACCUAUUCCUACUCAAAUAUAUGGAACUGUUGGUAGUGGACCUGGUAAUGUACAUGUAGGAAACAAACCACAUUCAUAUGAUCAACAAAAUACAGGACAAUGGAAAGAUCACGCUAAUAAAGAUAAUUCACCGAGUGGAGUUGUUGGUAAUGUUGGUGUAGGAUCAGGUUGUACACCUGGAGUCUCUUCUCCCGCUUGUUUAAGUGAACCAUCUACUUUGCAAAAAAACACACCUAUUCCUACUCAAAUAUAUGGAACUGUUGGUAAUGGACCUGGUAAUGUACAUGUAGGAAACAAACCACAUUCAUAUGAUCAACAAAAUACAGGACAAUGGAAAGAUCACGCUGAUAAAGAUAAUUCACCGAGUGGAGUUGUUGGUGAUGUGGGUGUAGGAUCAGGUUGUACAGCUGGAGUCUCUUCUCCCGCUUGUUCAAGUAAACCAUCAACUUUGCAAAAAAACACACCUAUUCCUACUCAAAUAUAUGGAACUGUUGGUAGUGGACCUGGUAAUGUACAUGUAGGAAACAAACCACAUUCAUAUGAUCAACAAAAUACAGGACAAUGGAAAGAUCACGCUAAUAAAGAUAAUUCACCGAGUGGAGUUGUUGGUAAUGUUGGUGUAGGAUCAGGUUGUACACCUGGAGUCUCUUCUCCCGCUUGUUUAAGUGAACCAUCUACUUUGCAAAAAAACACACCUAUUCCUACUCAAAUAUAUGGAACUGUUGGUAGUGGACCUGGUAAUGUACAUGUAGGAAACAAACCACAUUCAUAUGAUCAACAAAAUACAGGACAAUGGAAAGAUCACGCUAAUAAAGAUAAUUCACCGAGUGGAGUUGUUGGUGAUGUGGGUGUAGGAUCAGGUUGUACAGCUGGAGUCUCUUCUCCCGCUUGUUCAAGUAAACCAUCUACUUUGCAAAAAAACACACCUAUUCCUACUCAAGGUUGUACACCUGGAAUGUCCUUAUCUUCUUGUUCGAGUGAAAUACCAACUGUGCAAAAGAACGUCCCAACUUUUUCUCAAACAUUUGGUACUACCGGUAGUGGAGCUUCUUAUCAAAAUAACAAAAAUACUAACCAACCUAGUGGCUCCGGAAAUUGUGGUACUUUUGGUAGUAGCACAUGCAUAGGUAGCACAGGAUACCCCAUAGGAAGUUCUCAAACAACAGUUGGUGCUAUUGGAAAUGGACACAAUAUUCAUGGACAAAGUGAUUCUGGAGAUAAAAAUUCUUAUAAAUGGAAUGGUACAAAUCCUUUCUUACAUGGAGGACAAGGCAAUCUGAAACCAGUUAUACAUACAACUAGUUCACCUAUAUUUAUUACGAACAGUCUUGAUGCAUUCGAUACAACUUCCAAACCUAUUGGUUUUGGUAAUCCUUUUCUAGAUGGUACCAUAAGUAAUACAUUCGGAACUCAUCAUGAUAAACAUGAUGUAGAAGUAACUCCUAUUAAAAGUGAUGCUUUAGAUAAGCCUAUUGGCGUGGGAAAUCCAUUUUUAACGAACGGAAAUGGAGGAAGCAAAAGCAGUACUCCAAUUUAUUCUGGUGCAAAUAUAGGAAGCGUUUCAAGUAUCAACAUUCUACCAAUAGUUACAACAACUAUUAAACCUAUUGGGCAAAAUAAUCCAUUUUUGGAAGUAUCAGGUGGAAAUGUAGUAAACAAAUAUCCUCUUGGAGUACAUCCAAAUGUAGCUGAAAACAACAAAAAUGUACUUUCUGGAAGUGGAACUUCUGCAGAUAAAGAUUCAAUACAUUUUCCUAAAUCAGGAGUAGGAAUUACAUCUCCUGGAACUUAUUCAAAUACAAAUCGUGGAGUGAAGAGUAAUAAUCAGCAUAACAAAAUAUUUGGAAAUGUUGCAACUAGUAACGCAGGUUCUUCGAGUACCGGAAACAUUGAUAUAGACAAAAGUACUGGACUCAAUAUUCCUAGUGCAUAUAAUAGUAAUAAUUCUGGUCAUGGUGUAAGUUCGUUGACAGGAACAGCUGGUAAUAACAAACCUUCUUACACACUUUCAACAUCUCCUGAAUUUUAUGAUUAUAAAAAUAUAUCACCACAAACAAGUGGAAAUGGUGGUGCCACCAAUGGCAAUAGAAAUUCUCCGUCCAAUUCUUUGAUUAAUGGAAAUAAUGCAAAUGGUCAAUUUAAUCCUCAAAUAACAAAUGCCGGAGCACAAUCAUUUGCAGGUGCUCAUGCCGGAAGUUUCGCUAGUUCUUUUAGUAGUUCUCAAGCUUCAAGUUCAAGUUCGAGUUUUGCCAGCAGUAAAUCUGGAUCAUAUACAGCUAAUGGAGAUCCGAAUAUUUUGCAUCAAUUGAACGGUAAUUGGCCGUUUGACAUUGCUAGAAGUGUGAGUGGAGCCAGUUCUUGGCCAUCCUUAAACGCAGGAUCGCACGCCUCUGCAUUUGCUAGCAGUAGCGUUGGCGGCUGGUCCGGAUCUGAACCGAGCAGUGUAAAAAGUUAAUAAAUUAAAUAUAAAAACGUAAUUCAAAUAUGGAAGAAAAAAAAAGAAGAAAAACUUUUUAAAAGCAACCAAUAUCGUAUAUAAUUCAAGAUGAUAUUAUUAUUUAAAGCGAAA